GACGUGUGAGUUAAUAAUAUUUUACAUGCAAUGAUGUUUGGGUAGAGCGGCGAAUGUAGGGGGAAUUACCAAAAAAUGAGAAAAAGAUGUUGGGGAUUUCAUAGAGUUGCAUUGUGAUUUUUGUUUGAAAUUCCAUCGUUGUUUUCUGUUUCAUUUUCAAAAAUCAUUCGACGGGGAACAAACUUGUUUAAUUUUGGAAAGAUAUGGAAAAUUAUAGCCGGGUCUCCAUUCUGUUCAAAGUGGAGAUAGGAGAUGAAAUGAAAAGAAAAAACUCUAUCCAGUUUUAGCCCAUGCAAUUGCAGGUAAGAUAUUUGCUCUAUAAAGCCAAGAAAGGUCAUUCUUUGAAUUUCUCUGGAGCAUCAUCUAGCACAAAUGCUGCAGCAAGCAAUUCUCUUCCUUCAAUGUUUCCUGCUGUUAAUAAACGACCACUUUCACCGGAAAGUCCAUCCGGUUCACCUAGUGUCAAGAAACAGAAGGCGUCCCCUUUAGGCUCUCUCAAGAAAUUAGUGAAUGACCCUGGCAAAGAGCUUAUCCCGCAGUUCUAUUUUCAAAAUGGCUGUCCACCCUCUAAUGAAUUGAUAGUGGAGUGCUUGUCUAGAAUUAAUCAGUUAUUUCCUGUUGACAUGAAUGGACUCCAAAUCAACGAAUUCAAACGAGUUACAAAGGAAAUAUGUGAGCUCCCAUCAUUCUUCUCCGCUGCACUUUUUAGAAAGAUUGACAUCAACUGCACCGGCAUUGUGACCAGAGAUACAUUUGUUGACUAUUGGAUUAUCGGCAACAUGUUGACAAAAGAUAUAGCAGCCCGGAUAUACGCAAUUUUGAAGCAGUCCAAUCUAAAGUACUUAACUCAGGAUGACUUUAAACCUGUGCUCCGGGAACUUAUGGCAACUCAUCCAGGGUUGCAGUUCUUACAGAGUACACCUCAAUUUCAAGACAGUUAUGCGGAAACUGUAAUAUACAGAAUAUUUUAUGAAGUCGACCGUUCGAGUAACAAUUGUCUCACCCACAGAGAGCUGAAGCAUUCGUACUUAAUUGCUGCAAUGAAAUAUUUGGAUGAGGAAAUGUAUGUCAACCAAUUUUUAAGGUACUUCUCUUAUGAACACUUUUACGUGAUCUCCUGCAAGUUUGGGGAGUUGGAUACGGACCAUGAUUUUCUGAUAGAUAAAGAGAACCUCAUUACAUAUGGUAACCAUGCACUCACCAACAGGAUUGUUGAUAGAAUAUUUUCUCAGGUUCCUAGAAAGUUCAGCAGUAAGGUUGAAGGAAAGAUGGGAUAUGAAGAUUUUGUGUACUUCAUAUUGUCAGAAGAGGAUAAAUCAUCUGAACCUAGUCUUGAGUAUUGGUUCAAGUGCAUAGAUUUGGAUGCAAAUGGAGUUAUAACAAGGAAUGAAAUGCAAUACUUUUACGAGGAUCAGAAGCAUAGAAUGGAAGACCUGCACAAAGAGGCUGUGCCCUUUGAGGAUAUUUUGUGUCAGAUAGUUGACAUGAUUAAUCCACAGGAUAAGAGCUACUUUACUUUAAGCGACAUAAAGGGCAGCAAACUCUCUGGCAGUGUUUUCAAUAUCCUUUUUAACACCAAAAAGUUUGUGGCUUUUGGAAAAAGGCGUGAUCCAGUUCUACUUCGUCAGGUACAUGAGUAUCCAAAUUUGACCGAGUGGGACCACUUUGCACAACGAGAAUAUAUUAGGCUUACUACUGCCAAUAAUGUCUCUAGUGGAAGUUCUGACUGGGAUGAUAUGCUUGAUGAUGACUGGGAUUAGUCGCUUGAUGAUGACCCCCCCUUGCCAGACCCCGUUUGUGAGGUAAUUGUUCAUGCUAUCAUUGACUUCCUUUUCAGUCAGUCAGAUUUCAUUUUAAAGACAGUUCGUGUAGAAAUCU